CUUCACAGCCAAAGCCGCCACUCAGCAUCGGCCACGCAAUCCCAUUCUCCAAUCAAAAUCACUCUCUCUUUUCUUUCGCACCACACUCUUAUAUAUUCGGCCUGAAGCUUUGCUUUCAGGGAUUUGUCGCCGAUCCUCUGUUUCUCAGAUCUUCUAAAUAGCUAUGGGAAGCAGUCCGGCGCCAUUUUCAGAUAUCGGCAAGAAAGCAAAAGACCUUCUGACCAAGGAUUACAACUUUGACCAAAAGUUUACCCUGUCGGUGGUGGGCUCUACUGGGCUGGGACUUACAGCUAAUGGUUUGAAGAAGGACCAGAUUUUUGUUGGUGAUAUAAAUACCCUGUACAAGAGCGGAAACAUCACUGUGGAUGUUAAAGUUGAUACCUAUUCAAAUGUAUCUACAAAAGUGACUCGGACUGAUAUCUUGCCAAAUACCAAGAUAGCAUGUAGCUUCAAAAUUCCAGAUCACAAAUCUGGCAAGCUGGAUGUGCAGUACCUUCAUCCUCAUGCAGCUAUUGAUUCCAGCAUAGGCCUUAACCCAGCCCCUCUUUUAGAGUUAGCAGCAACAAUUGGAAGUAAGGAUCUUAGUUUGGGUGGUGAAAUUGGAUUUGACACAGCAUCUUCUUUGUUGACCAAAUACAAUGCUGGGAUCAGCUUCAACAAGCCAGAUUUCUCUGCUGCCCUUCUGCUGACGGACAAAGGACAGACGUUGAAGGCAACUUACAUUCAUGCUGUUGAUUCCGCCAAUGGCACUACAGUUGCUGCCGAACUUACCCAUAGAUUUUCUACGUUGGAGAAGAGCUUUACCUUGGGAAGUGCCCAUGCAAUUGAUCCACAUACUGUGGUGAAAACACGCUUAUCUGACAGUGGGAAAGCUGCCUUACUAUGGCAGCGUGAAUGGAGACCGAAGUCACUAAUUACUUUCUCGGGAGAGUAUGACUCAAAGGCGAGUAGUGCAGCCCCAAAGUUUGGUCUUUCCCUCGCGCUCAAGCCUUGAAAUGUGCAACUACUGGCUUGAUAAUGUUCUGCAAUUUGGGAUACCUUUGAUCUUGUUACAUUUUUCCCCUGAAGUCAAGGGGUACCAUUUUCUAGCCAAAUUAUAGUGGAAAAACUAAGAUUUGGUGUAGUGAUAAAUGUUCUACAGCAUUGUUGGGGAAAUUGGACCCAUUUUUGGAAAAUCUUAUAUUCAUAACAUUUAUUGUCGUUGAAUUUUCACAA